AUGAUUAACGCAGUGCUUGUCUUCAAUAAUAAUGGCCAGCCUCGGCUGACAAAGUUCUACACACAGCUGGACACUCAAACGCAACAAUCCCUCAUCGCGCAAAUAUAUCGUCUAGUCUCACAACGACCAGCAAGCGCAUGCAAUUUCCUCCCACUUCCCCCUCUCCUGUCACAAGGCGCCAGCUCCGGCGCAAGCGGUCCCUCCGAUGCCCCGACACAGAUAACAUAUCGCACUUAUGCCACAUUGUCAUUCAUCAUGAUCUCCACGUCGACGGAAUCUCCGCUCGCGCUCAUUGACCUGAUCCAGGUCUUUGUCGAGUCGCUAGACCGCAUGUUUGAGAAUGUCUGUGAGUUGGACCUCAUCUUCGGCUAUGAGACUAUGCAUGCUGUGUUGAGUGAGAUGAUCGUUGGCGGUGUCGUCGUCGAGACCAAUACUGAUAGGAUCGUUGCUGGUGUACGUGGUCAGGAGGGCACGUUGGGCAAGAAAAAGGCCGUUCAGGCUGCUAGUGCUUCUUUGGGUCGCGGAGCUCUUCCGGGCCUUGGUGCGUGGCGGUGA